AGCAGACAAUGACGGCGACAACUCGUACAUGGGCGUGGGGGGCCGCGUUCCUGGUUCUCGCGGGCGUGGUCUGGGCCGCCCCCUCCGACACCCUGCAGCAGGAGGACUUGGAGAUCGUUGAGGAGUCGGCCGCAGGAGAACGAGACGAGAAGUUCUUCGUGGCGAUUGUGAAAAUUUCCCCCGACCAAUGCACCACCAACGACGCCACGCGCACCCUCGGCACUUGCCUUCCCUCCACCGACUGCAGCAGCACUGGCGGAGUGUCUUCGGGGAGCUGCGCAAAGUCCUUCGGCACUUGCUGUAUCGCCCAACGUACCUGUUCUCAAAGCACAAGUUACAACAACACCUACUUCGUGAACCCCGGAUACACUGGUUCAGAUACGGGAACGGGCGCCUGUAUGUUGACAGUCAACCGCGUCAACAACAACAUCUGCCAAGUGCGCCUCGAUUUCCUGGACUUGGAAUUGGAACAGCCGGACGCUGAUGGCAACUGCAACGUGGAUUUCUUGACCGUGACGGGAGGGACUUCCACCGUGCCCAGGAUCUGCGGCUCCAACACGGGCCAGCACAUGUACGUCGAUGUUGACCCCAACGGCGGCGCCCUUAAGGUCAUGGUUGACAGGUCGGCCGCCUCGACUGUCAACCGAUCCUGGAAUAUCAAGGUCACCCAGAUCCCUUGCAACUCGCAGUACAGAGCACCUUCCGGAUGCCUUCAGUACUACACGGAGACUUCAGGCUACGUCGAGAGCUUCAACUUCGACGACGCUGCUAUUGGAACGAAUUCUCGCCAGAUCGCCAACCAGGAUUACGGAAUCUGCAUCGAAAUGGCGGACGGAUACUGCGGCAUCAUCUGGGAGAGGAACGCGACGGUUGGAGAUAACAGCUUCACUCUCGACGGGAACAUUCCUGCGACCGAUCCCACGCUUAUCGGCACGGCGGCGGCGGGCACCACGGGGCGCGUGCACGACCGACUACGUGAUCAUCCCGGCGGCGUCGACAACAACCAGAACUCGCGUGGACAGGUUCUGCGGCCUCGGGUUCCCGGACUCCGUCACCUCUACCAUGAAGCCCUUCGUCAUGUACGUUCACACCAACGCCGACGAAACCGGUGACGUCGCCAACCGAGGCUUCAACCUGCAGUACCGACAGAUCACCGACUGCUAAGUGUGACAGCCUAACUACCGAUCGAGAGUGAUUCAGGUUUUAGCAUAUGACUUGACGAUUGAACAAUUACAAAGCAAGAACCACAAAACUCUGACCACUUGUUUAACAUAACGACCGGAAGUUAUGAGAGAGAAAGAGAAAGUUAGCAAGACUGACUGUAUUUAAUUGUCUCUUCCAUUAAUAACUUUGAUAUGACCUUUUUUCAAUCACUAAUUUGUGAACGACUUCUCAACUACGACAGAGAAUGUAGUCGUACACUGAAAAUGUUAUUGUUUUGUUCUCUCUCCUUGAAUGUUGAUUGCUUGUUAUUGUUAUUGACGUUUUCUGUUAUUGUUCUGUUAAAGUUUGUUGAUAUUUAGAUUGUAUGAUUCAUAUCACUGUAAUUCACUGUUGGAUGUGUUGUGCCGGCUGGUUUGGCUACCAAGGGUUACAGUGGUGUAAUUUAUUGUUAUUUUUUAAUAAAUGUAAC